CCCCGCCGCCGGGUGUGAGAGCAAAGAGUGUAUGUCACUGUGUAUGCCUGACACUCCGGGUCUUUUUGGAGGGAGGGGUUUCUGCCCCAUCCCCCCCUUCACUGGUUCUGCAGUGCUGGUCCCUUCCCCCCAACUCCUUGGGUCCUAUGGCCCCCACGGGUGGUUUGUUCUGAGCUCCAUCCUAGUGUCCAGUCUGGUCUUAGAAGGGGGUCUUGGAACAGGUGGCCCUCCCCCACCCUCUCCUUUCUCUCGGUCCCCCUCCCCUUUCUCUCCACCUUACAAUAGCUGCAGCCGGCCUGGGGUCGGAUGGGGGGGAUUAGGGGAGGGGGCCAGGAUUAGGGGAAUGGACCAGCCGAUGAAAGGGGCUGGAGGAGAGCAGAAGGGAGGGGGCUGGGAGGAGGAGGAAGGGGAGGGGGUCCGCGCUAAUCGACACUGGCGCCCACAUAAGGACUGGCCACGGACUGAAGAAGACAGGGAAGUAGGGGGGAACUGGGGUGGGAGGAGAGGGGACCCACUGCUGACUUGUCCCGGAGACAGGCCACCCCCUGGCAGCCAUAGCCCAAGUCCUGAAGCCCCAGUUCAGGCUGGUGGGGAGAGAAGGCCGGUCAUGGUCUCCUCUUGCCCGGUCUGCCUCUUCAUUCCCUGCCCUCAAUGGGGAUCGCGGCUCUCCCUCCUCGGCUCUCCUCUCCUCUCUGUUCUCUUCCUCUCCUCCAGAGUCCUGAGGAGGCCUCUGUCCACUUUCCACGCUAGACGUCCCGCCCUGUGUGUCCCCCACCCACGCGCACGCCCCGUCCCCGGGGGGCCCCGUCCCGUGCGUGGGGCCCCCGCUCCCGCGUGGGGUCUCCCUCCCCCGCCCGGGCCGCGGCUCCUGAUUGUCCAAACGCAAUUCUCGAGUCUAUGGCUCCGGCCGAGAGUUGAGUCUGGACGUCCCGAGCCGCCGCCCCCAGACCUCGAGGGGGAGAGGGGGUCGGAGGGCGGCGCGGGGCGGCGCGGGGCGCUCGGGGGACCCGAGGGUUCCAGGGGCCGGUGA